AUGAUUCGUUUGAUUGCAUCUGCUUUACUGGCUUUUAUAUUAACUAUUGAAUAUGUUGAGUCUAGAUCAAUAUAAUUCCCAUAAUAAAAUUGUAGGACAUUCUUAGAUUUUCGAGGAUAAGAAGUUUUUAGUUGUGCAUUUGACAUGUUUAUUGGUAAUCCUUAGCAAAGAUAACCAAUCAGUUUUAUAUUAUCAAAUCCACUGAGUUUACAUAUUGCAAACAAUAUGAAUUUCGUAUUUAACUCUAAGUGCUCUAUUUAAAAUAAUUGCAAGUACGCUAGACAUAAUUUACAGUAUGGACAACACUUUUAUCAAGAAAGUAUUUCAACUAGUUUACAAAUUAUAUAAACCAACUACACAAAUAAUUUACUUGAAGGGAAAAUAAUUUAAGGCGAUUUAGAUUCGGAAUAAUUCUACCUAUCUAGAAAUGAUUCUCCAAUUGAAUUGCAGUUUAUUUCUAUUAGCAAUUACACUGAAAAACAAUAUGUUGGAAACGGUGUUUUUAAUUUGCAAAAUGGCAAUUAAAACAGCAUUUUUUUGCAGGGUUAUCUUCAGUAAAAGUUUAUUUCUCCAUUAUUUUAGUUCGAUGCUGGUAAUAAUUUUGAAAGAUUAAGAAUAAAUUACAAUUUUGCUAGAGAUUCUUCUUUACCAGUACAAAAAACAUAUUCAGAUAAUAUUUGGGAUGUGCAAAUUGUUGGAAUUUCUUUAGGAGGCGAAAAUAUGGAAGCAAUGGCUCAUUAUAAAACUUUUAUAAUACAGACAUAUGUUUAUUCAGCUAUUCCAAAACAAAUUGCUAAAUAUUUAAAAAAUAAAUAUAAUGAACAUUUCGAUAACGAAGCUAGUAGAUAUGUUUUGUCAAAUUGUUUUUAAUGUAACUGCAUAAAGGAUUUACCUAAUUUAGAAAUAUUCACAGCUGAGUAUAAGAUUACUAUCCGUAUUAAAGAAUUUACAUAUACAAAUGAAAGAGGUCAAUGUAAAAUUAAUACAUCAGAGUCAAAUUUACUACUUGGUAUUAGAUAAAUACUUUCCAAUAACAUUAUCUUUGAUCCACUUCAAAAUGAACUUUAAUUUCCAGGAGCUGAACAAAUGUUGCAUCCAUCAAUAACUUACUUUUAGAUAAUAUUAAUAUAAUCAAAUGUUUGUAUAGCUAUACUUUUAGCUUUGUUGAUUCAAUAUGAGAGAUUAUCAACAGAUUUAUAAUUGGAAACUAAGCAAUUUGAUAUUAAAAAAUAUAUCGAAUUAUAAAAUAUCAUUAAAAAAGUUAAAGAAUAGGCAAAGUGA